CUGUUGUCUUGACUGGAGGAGAUAGAGAACAUUUUGAGGUCCGAGAAGAAACGAAAGUGUGCUCUUAAAAGCCAUUUAAACUGGUGCAAACUUGACCAAAGGGUUCCGUAAACACCACCGUAAUGGCGAGAAAGAAAAGCAAGCAACAAGGGGUCGGCCAGAAGGAACUUGUGCCUGGACAGCAGACCGUACCGAAGAGCUCUGUCUCUCCCGGCGAUGCAGCUGGUGGUGGCGGCGGAGGAGAUGCUGGGCUGGAAAGGCUGGCCAACAGCAGGGCGAACCAGCCUAUGCACACCUGCUGCCUGUUGUGCCAUCGAGAAUUCAAGGACUGGGGGGCGGGCUCUGUCAACGGACUUCCUGCUGGCCACGGGACGAAGUUGGCCGACGCCGUGCCUGCGCUCUCCCAGGCCUUACUGCGGGAGGCACCGGGGCGCAAGCUGGCCGACGCUGUUCCCUCGCUUUCCCAGUCGCUGCUCGGAGAGGUGCCUCUGUGGAUCUGUCAGAGCUGCUGCAAGAGCGUGGAGGAGGAGGAGAGAAGGAGCACGCAGGAGCAGCCCUCAUCGGUACCAUUGUCACACUCUUCCUCCUGUAAGUCCCAGAGCUGUGGGAACGGUUACCCGGAGCAAAGUACUGUAGACUGGGACCCGAGUUCCUUCCUGUCGGCCCAUAAACUGUCAGGUCUCUGGAACUCGGCCCACUCCAACGGAGGCGAGCACUGCAACCACACCACUUCUUCGCACUCACAACAAGGUCUGUCAUCGCAAGGGCUAACUGCUUGUCACGAGAAACGGGGACUUCACGAAGCACCUGGAAAAUCUGCAAAAGCAUCAAGUCCCAAAGUGUGUCCAUACAGUCACCCGUCAUCCCAGAACUCCAGUGGGUCCUCUGCUGGGAACGCCCAGUCUACCUCAGCAGACCUCUGUAAGACCACUCCCAAGCACUUCAAGACCAUGUGCCGUCGGCCAACGCCACCAGGGGAGGCCUUCCAUCCCAAUGACCACCAUCAACAUGCAGACUUGUCGGUACCGCCCAACAGUCCCACCGGUCUUUCCUCCCAGCAUUCCUCCCUCCUGCCCCCAAAGCCAAGUUCCGGACAGCACGGCCACGUCACCUCGUCGUGCGGCUCUGGCGCUGCAGCCCACAGUUCUUUCACCCCGCUGGUACCAAACCUCCACAGCCCCACAGCCAAACUCAGCUCCCCGAGUCCAGACAGCCCAACGUCGGUUCAUAAGCCCAGUUCAUGCAAAAACUCCCACAUUCCCGCAGUGAACACACAACACAGCAAACUGGGAACGUCUCUAAUGGGCUGUAACCACUCUUGUAACGGACACAACCCAGGAACUGCGGCCCCUUCCAAUGUGGGCCAUCUACCCGGUGGAGCCUGCAGGGAUCAGGCAUGUAAGGGGCACAAAGUGACGAAUGGGGUGCUGUGUCACCUUUCGUCUGAGCUGGAAGAAGGCGAGGAUGAAGACAGCAGCUCUGAGAGGAGCUCCUGCGCCUCCUCAUCAACCAAUCAAAAGGACGGGAAGUACUGUGACUGCUGCUACUGCGAGUUCUUUGGACACAACGCGCCUCCAGCUGCACCAACCAGCCGAAACUACGCUGAGAUCCGGGAGAAGCUUCGCUCACGUUUGACCAGGCGUAAAGAGGAGCUGCCUCAGCGUCAGGACGCAGAACUGACGGCAGUGGGCGCCAUCGACAACAGGGACGUGGACGAGCUGCUGGACUUUAUAAACAGUUCAGAGCCCAAACCUGUCAACAGUGCCAAGGCUGCUAAAAGGGCUCGACACAAACAAAAGAAGAAGGAAAAAGCUCAGCAGGUGAACCUGGGUGCUGCCGGCAGUGAACCCCAGUCCAGUCCGCCUGAGGAGCCCGCAGACGAGCCGAUUCCUGAUGAGCCUGAAGCCAGUCGGCUGCUCGACUGGCCUCAGCUGGAGCUGGAGCGAGUCAACAGCUUUCUCACAAGUCGUCUAGAAGAGAUCAAGAACACCAUCAAAGACUCAAUCCGAGCCUCCUUCAGCAUGUACGACCUCAACCUGGACGUCAACGACUUUCCUAAGAAGGCCGCCACAUUGGAGGGAAACCACUUACUUUCCCAUCUCAACGGCUCCUCCGACUUACAGCAGAUAGAUCUGGACCUUUCUCCUCUUUCGCUGGGAAGCUUUAAGAGCCACCUGGACCUCGUUAAUGGAUGGGAUGACCCAAAUAGCCCCUCGUCUGCCAACGCUGCCGCCAACGCUCCGGCUGGGGUCAGCGCUGCUACAAAGGACACUCAGAGGUUGAACACUACAAGCGGUCCAUCAAAACUGGCGAGGAGCCGCUCCCCUGAAAAAUGCACUUCCGCUGGGUGUGACAGUUUGCCGCAGGUGCCACCCCACGCAACGGCAAAAUCAAAGGAGGACGCCACCGACACGAAGAACACGACUGCUGGGAACGGAGGCGCAAAGUCGAAGAAGAAUAAAAAGCAGCUAAAACAGGAGCAGUCCAUAUUGGAGCAGAGUUCUAACAAACCGACCAAAGCUGCUGCUGGGAGUGAAGCACAGAAAACCAACGAGUCUAAAGAAACGGCGUCUCACAGCUCGAAAUCUGGGAGCAAACAGCCUCAGCAGCCAGACAGCCAGCGGAACGGACCUAAGAAAGCCGAAGAAGGCAGAUCGGCCAAACAUGUAUCAAAUGGAGCAAACGGGCUCCUGGGUGCUCAAAAGGGGAAAACUGACACGGAGAGCCGAGCCGGUCGGUCUGAGCAGGAAGCGGAGAGCAAAGCUCACAGCACAGUUCCUCUGAAUGGGCCUCAGCAGCAGCAAUCCAAGGGGAAAAAUAAGAAGAGCAAGAAUAAGGGAGAAAAAUCCAGCAGCACUAUUGAUGAUGUGUUUCUCCCUAAAGAUGUGGAUCCAACAGAGAUGGAUGAGAUUGAUCGGGAGGUGGAAUACUUUAAAAGGUUCUGUCUUGAUUCUGCAAAGCAAACCCGUCAGAAAGUAGCAGUGAACUGGUCAAACUUCAGCCUCAAAAAAGUUCCUUCCAAUGCAGCUCAAUAACUCGGAUGAGAGACGGAGGGGGAG